UCUCUAGCAGCUACAGCCAACACACAAAAAACAAACAGUCAACACGCACAUAUCCUUAUAUAAACCUUUGUUUGUUGUUUGUCUCAAAACCCCCCACCCUCUCCAAUCCUUGAAUACUACUACUACUGCUACCACUCAGUUCUACAACUCUAUCAAUCAUCAAUCUCUUAAUAACAUGGCAGCUUAUUCAUACUUGCACCCGACUUUAUUUCUUGAUUCAGCUAAUUUCCUUAUUCAAAACAGUACUACUACUACUACUAAUCAUCAUAAUCCCGUUAUGAUGAUGUCUGCAGGUAGUUCAUUUGAAGAACAAGCAUGUCAUGACAUUAUCAACAGCAAUACCAGUUUAAGCUAUUACCCAUCUUCCGAUAAUUAUCAAUCUCUUCAUGAUCUUGUUGUCUUUCAUAAUAAUCAAGAAACAAGUAGUGGUGAAGAAAACAAUUCAAGAAGUAGUAGUGAUACUGAUCAAUCACUCACUACUAAUGAUAAUAACAUUCACAAUCAGGAAACUAAAACAACAGAAAAGAAGAGGAAGAAUACAACUGCUAAUGAUAGGAGUAGCAGAGAAGGGUCUUGUUUGAGCUCUGGUGUAUCAAAAAAUUUGAAGGAAGUUAAAACCAAGAAACAGAGGAAAUGUGUUAAAGUAACAACGGAAGAAAAGAAGAAAGAGAGUCAAAAAAUCGAAGAGCCACCAACAAGUGGGUACAUUCACGUCAGGGCAAGAAGAGGUCAAGCCACAGAUAGCCACAGUCUUGCCGAAAGGGUAAGAAGAGAGAAAAUCAGUGAGAGGAUGAAGCUUUUGCAAAGCCUUGUUCCUGGUUGUGAUAAGGUGACCGGAAAGGCCCUUAUGUUGGAUGAGAUAAUCAAUUAUGUUCAGUCCCUACAGAACCAAGUAGAGUUUCUGUCUAUGAAGCUUGCUUCUGUGAAUCCAAUUUUCUAUGACUAUGGAGUGGACUUAGAUGCUUUGCUGGUUAAAUCAGAGAAACAGAAUUAUUCACCGGCUUCAAUACCAUUGCCAUCAAAUGAUCAGCAAUACAAUUCUUCUGCCCUUUAUCAGCAGAGCCAUAUACUACCCAAUUCUUUCUCCCAGUGCAAUGAAAAUAACCUUUUGAUGGAUAUGGAUCGCGAACAAAGGGAAAGAGCUUCUACUAUUAUUAGUCAAUCUCUGUUCAACCACUUAUGUUCUUUCCAAUAAAAUGUGCAAGAUUACUACUAAAGCUACCCCACAAGAGCACUUUCCAUAUGUUUAAUAGUUUGAUUAGCGAUUUAGGAGAAUUUUUUCCGCAUGAGAAAUGAGAAUACAAGUACGAGUAUAAAGUAGAGACAGAAGCAAACAAAAAGAUGCUGCAGGUUCUUUAUAUGUAUGGUCUUAAACCAAGAGCUUGUGAGAUUCUUCAUGCCUAUCAUCCUAUAGAUAUCAGAGGAGGAGAAAUUCCUGCAUCCUAAAUUAAAGACUGAAAGAACCGACCAAAUAAAACCCAUGCAGAUGUGUUUUUCGACUUGAGAUCUUCUUUGUUCUUGUCCCUAUUUGACUCCUAAAUUUGAAGACAUACAUAGAUAGAUUAAUGUUCCUCGUGCCUGUGGUGUGGUUGAUAUAAAUUAAGUUCCAUUCCGGAAUAAGUGAAUAUGAGAAGAACAGAAACAUACAUGUAUUUAUGUAAUAAUAUUAACAACUGUAAGAACAGUUUUAUGCAAUAAUAAACCUCUUCGUAUUGUUCA